CUCACUUCUCUCCUCUCCUGCUCCUCAGAAGACAGACCGAAGGGCUCCUACUCCUCACCCUUCAUCAUGGCAACCUUGGUGUACUCUUCCUCCCGUAGCUCGCAGGGUGGGGGUCUGGCUCGGUCCUCCUUCGGGUCCAGCAGAGGCCUGAGUUCCUACAGCGUGGCCGGUGGAGCCGGAGGCGGCAGCAUCAGGGUCUCCCAGGCCAGCCGGAGCUUCUCUGCCGGAGGAGGCGGCAGCGGUGCAGCGUUUGGCUUCGGUGGGGGAGCGGGUGCAGGUUAUGGAGGAGGUGCAGGUUUUGGAGGGGGUGCAGGUUUUGGAGGGGGUGCAGGUUUUGGAGGAGGUUCAGCCUUCGCUGGAGGCUUUGGGUCCAACGAUGACAGCGUCGUUGGCAACGAGAAGUUCACCAUGCAGAACCUGAACGACCGCCUGGCCAACUACCUGACCAAGGUGGGGUCCCUGGAGAAGGCCAACGCUGAGCUGGAGAAGAAGAUCAGGGAGUUUGCAGAGGCCAAGGUCAGCCCAAGCAGCAGAGACUACAGUGCCUUCUUUGCCACCAUCGCAGAGCUUCAGGGCAAGAUCCAGGAUGCCUUCAUCGCCAGAGGCUCUGUGAUGCUGAGCAUCGACAACGCCACGCUGGCUCAGGACGACUUCAGGAUGAAGUAUGAGAAUGAGCUGUCCAUGCGGCAGUCCGUGGAGGCCGAUAUCGCCGGGCUGAAGAUGAUGAUCGGGGAAAUAAACGUGAGCAAGAACGACCUGACCAUGCAGAUCGACAGCCUAAAGGACGAGCUGGCGUCCAUGAAGAAGAACCAUGAGGAGGACCUUCUCUCCAUGCGCACUCAAGUGGGCGGUCAGGUGAACGUGGAGGUAGAUGCUGCUCCUCAGGAGGAUCUCACCAAGGUCAUGGAGGAGAUCAGAGAACACUACGAAGGCGUCGCUGCCAAAAACCGCAAAGAGCUUGAAGGAUGGUUCCAGUCAAAGGCAGAAACUCUCACAAAGGAGGUAAGAUCCGCAGAGAUGACGCUGCAGACCACAACCACGGAGGUGAAGGAGGUGAAGAGUCAGCUCCAGGCCCUGGAGAUCGAGCUGCAGUCUCAGCUCAGCAUGAAAGCGAGUCUUGAAGCGUCCCUCGCUGACGUUCAGAACCGCUACGCCAUGCAGCUGAACGGCUUCCAGAUGCAGGUGACGGCUCUGGAGGAGCAGCUGAUGCGGCUGAGGGCCGACCUGGAGGGCCAGGGACAGGAGUACCAGGCGCUGCUGGACAUUAAGACCAGGCUGGAGAUGGAGAUCUCAGAGUACAGGAGGCUGCUGGAUGGAGAGGCUUCUGGAUCCUUAUCUUCUGGGCUUUCUUCGUCCUCAACCACAGUGACCAGAACUCUGGUCACAAAGGUGAUUGAAACCAGCGAGUAGGACCAAUCAUUAAACGGCUGUCUGAAAGGGGCGGAGUCAGCCCUCAACCUAUCAUCUUUCUGCUUACUGAAACAAGAACCUCUUCCUCCUGAUGAGGAGCAUUCAUCUGCUUUCACGCCUUGAUUCCUGCUGUGACUCAGAUAAAGAUGGUGACUCUUUGAGGGAAAACUUUAACCCACUUUGUUUCCUAAUUAAACUGAACUAAACUCCCUG